CUAAAUAACAAGUUCAUCACAGCACAAUUUAUACUUUGUCCAAAGUGUAUACAAUAAUGAUUUGAAAAAUUAUGUCAUACUAACUAAAAUAUACCUCAAAUGAACCAUAAAAAUCUAACACAACCUGCUAAUAUUAAACUAAAUACAUCAGAUGACGACGGCCAAUCAGGUGAUUAUGAAAUGUCAACGGAUUACGUGAAUGACAAUGUGAAUCAAAGUGAAGAAGUGAUCAAUUACUGUUGUGACAAUACUGAGAAAUGUCCCAUGACAUGGAAUGGUGUACAACAACAGACUGCUGACCGAUUUCCUACUCCACCACAAAGUCCUAUAAAAAGGAUAAGUAGUGUUGCGAAAACGCAUAAACCGUCUCAACAAUGUCCUCAACACGCCUCAGGAAAAGAUGAUCCGUUCAGUGAUACAGGAAAAGUGACAACAAAUGAAGUUGGUAAAAAUUGGAAAAAUGUUAAAAACACUAUGAGAUUUGUACUGUCAAAUAAGUUGAAAAAUAAAUACGAUUAUGAUGAUUCACGGAGAGAUUCGUUUAUGUCACGUUUUUCCACACAACGACGUGGAUCUUAUACACAGAAUCGGGAAAAUGAUCAUCGAUUUGAAAAUCCUCAAUUCUCUUGUUAUCUUAAACCUGUUUAUAAACCUGGCAUUCAUAAUAGCAAUAAUAAUAACAAUAAUGACAAUACUACUACUAAUAAUAUUAAUAACAAUAAAAUGAUUAGUGAUAAAGGAACUUCAAAUGAUGAAUUCUUUCAGACAUGGUUUGUGAAUACACCAGAAAGUGAUGAGAAACAUAUUGAAGUAGAACACCUGAUUAAAUCCACUCCUCCUCCACAUGGAUCAUUAGAAGAAGAUGCUUCAACUGGUGGUCGAUUGAAAUUAGAGUCGACAACUACGAGUCAAAGUUGUGAAUCACAGUCUCCGGUGAAAAGUGGCACCGAUGGUUAUCAAAACGUAAAAUAUUCUGAAAAUUCAAUACCAACAGAUUAUGUAAAUAAUAUGUUAAUGUUUUUUGAACGACCACUUGGAUUUUUUGUAUUUCAUUCUAAUAGUUAUGGUUAUCUUAUCUGGUUGACAUUUGUCUCGUUAGCCUUGCUAUAUAAUCUAUGGGCACCGAUAGCACGUCAAGCUUUUACAGAAUUACAGACAACUUAUCAAAUUCUUUGGUUUAGUUUAGAUGCUUUAGCUGACCUAGCCUAUCUUAUUGAUAUAUUUGUUCAGUGUAAUACAAGCUAUUUGAAAUGUGGUCUUAAGGUUCGUGAUCAUCAGAAGUUGGCAAUACGUUAUGUUAAGUCAUAUGCAUUUCUAUUUGAUAUAUUCUCAUUACUCCCAUUGGAUUUGUUACAGUUGAAAAUUGGUGUUCAGCCGAUGUUACGUUUUCCAAGAUUUUUAAAACUGUAUCGAUGUCGUGAAUGGAAGGUGCGAGUAGAGAAUCGAACUAUAUUUCCAAAUUUAUGGAGAGUAUUAAAUUUAAUACAUAUUUUGUUCUUAGGCUGCCAUUGGUUUGCAGCCUUCUAUUAUUUACUGUCAAAGUAUGAAGGAUUUAAAAAUCCAUGGGGAUAUCAACCGAGUGAAAGUGGUGACAAUGAUACUAUAUCGAGGAUAUACUUGAAAUCUUUUUAUUGGGCCACAUUAACACUGACGACAAUCGGGGAUCUCAGUGCACCCACAAGUAGUAUAGAGGUUCCGGAUCACGAAGACUCAGUAUCCAACUUAUGGUUGACAUUCACAAUUGUGUCUUAUCUAACAGGAGUAUUUGUUUUUGCUACAAUUGUUGGCCAAGUAGGAAAUAUUAUUACUACAAGAAAUGCUGAUCGAAUUGAAUUUGAAAAAAUCUUGGAUAAUGCAAAAAGUUACAUGCGGGCUAAUUCAGUGAGUAAGGAUUUACAAAGUCGUAUACUUCGAUGGUAUGAUUACGCAUGGUCAAAAGGAUGUGGUGGUGGCGGUCAGGAUAUUAAUACAAUUGGUCUAUUACCUGAUAAACUGAAAACAGAAUUAGCCCUGAAUGUAAACUUGGAAACUUUGAAGAAGGUGACAAUAUUUCAUGAAUGCAGACCAGAAUUUCUACAUGAUAUUGUCUUGAAAAUGCGACCGCUUGUAUUUACGCCCGGUGAUUUAAUCUGUCGGAAAGGAGAAAUUGCCCGUGAAAUAUUUAUUAUUGCUGAUGGUGUACUUGAAGUUAUAAGUGAAACCAAUGAAGUCCUGUCAAGAAUGAGUGCAGGUGAUUUUUUUGGGGAAAUUGGUGUGCUGAACGUUGACGGUGUAAAUAAGCGAACAGCUGAUGUACGUGCUGUUGGCUACGCCGAGUUAUUUGUUUUAUCUAGAGAAGAUAUACUGAAGGCCUUAAAAGAUCAUCCAGAAGCUGAGGUUGUCAUACGAAAACAUGCAACCCGCCGAUUGUAUGAAACCCGUGAACGUCAAUACGCCUAUUAUAUGCACGGGAAGAAGUCGACCACUUCGCAUGGCUCGGUCAAUAGAACAUCAAAUGCAACUGACGAUAAUGCUGCAGUGAAAUUUGAAAUACCACAAAUUGUGACUCCACAAAAUUCUAUAACAGAAAUACUUCAUGAUAAGGAUGAUAACUCAACGAAUCAAUUGGUGUCAACCUACUCUUCUAAUCCAACAGAGAUGACUUCAAAGAAUUCUAUUGACAUAAGUGAUGCGAAUCGCUUAUCUGAGGCAUUGGAUCAAUUCGCCGACAGAUGGGAAUCCAUUCUGAUGAAUGUGAUCAAGAAUUAUCGUAAAGAGAUUAAUGUAUUACGUGAACAAAUCCUUCAGACGAAUAGAACAAACACAAAUUAAAAAAAACAUGUUUUAUCAAUAUUAUUUCUACAUGAAUUCACCUCUUAAACUAAUAUGCCUGCUAUGCCUUGUCUCUCGCAUUAUGUGCAUUCUAUUCUCUCUCUUUAUAUAUAUAUAUAUAUAUAUAUAUAUAUAUAUAUAUAUAUUCAUUCAGUAUGUUUGAUUCCCUUGCCCUUGUGUACAUAAAUUCACAUAAUGUUACUUCAUUACAAAAUGUCUUUCCAUUUGUCACCAGUGUUCAUCUAUAUCAACUCAAACAUAAACACACACACACAUGCAUAGAUGUACGCCUCAAACAUUUGAUAAAUUUAAUUCUUUGUUAUUAGGAGUAAAAUGCUGGAAAAUACAAAUCCCCAACC